AUGCAAGAGCUCUUUUUCAGUAAAUUUGGUGAGAAAGACGGGUUAACAUCGACUGCUGCGUAUAGUAUUCUAAUCUCACACUCACCAAAUUCUCUGCUAGAUGUUAUUGAAAAUGAAUUUGGAAAACCAACAUAUUUAGUUUUCUAUGGCAACAAACUUGCCAAUAACAUUGAAAUUUCUACAUUUCUACUUCAAAUAAACGUUCAUUGA